GUGCAGCUCACCGUCAGACUUUGCAAAACUCUCAAUGCUCCGGACCGCCAUUCACGAUGUGUUUCUUCACAGAUCGUUAGUUGUCCGUGUCCGCUAUGUGUCGACACCCUCAACCUCCGCAACGCCCUCGUCAACCGCAAAGGAUUUCCCUCCAAUUCUUCCUCAGAGAAAACACAAGAUAGAUCUUCAUCCAGCUCCUAAGAGGAUUGAAUCAGCUUCGCAGCCAACGCCACAACCCACGCCAAUAUCGUCCCGGAAACCUGUCGCCACUUCGCCUUCGCCCCCAGAACCCCCAAAGAAAGAAGAUGAUGGUGUUAAAAUGACCAUACAGCGAGAUAUUAAGCAUGCUGAGGAUCUUGGCAUUCUCAAACCCGCUUCUCCAGACGCAACCGUCUUUCGGAAACUCAUACAUUCUACAUGGGAACUCACGAAAUUUUAUUUUCGAGGUGCAAAACUCAUCUACGCUCGCCAGGGAGAAAUAAAGGCAAUUAAGAAGCGGGCUAGCAGUGGAGGUGCUCCAAUAACUAGGUUUGAGGGUAGAUUGAUUGAAACACAAAGACGAGACAUUAACAAAGUCAUCCCUUUCCUUGUCAUCGCCGUCCUCUUGGAAGAAGUCAUUCCUAUCAUUGCAAUUUACGCUCCUUUCAUGUUACCCUCCACAUGUCUGCUCCCCGCCCAACGAGAACGGAUUGAGGGCAAGAAGGCUCUCAAAGCACUUUCCACCAUAUCCUCAGCACGUCCAUUGUUUCUGGCCUUGCAAGCCAAGUCUCAAGAUGGGAAACUGCCUCUGACGGCACUGAGAGAGCCAGGUUCAGCAACUAUGGUGUGCAGUAUCCUGCGGCUACCGACAUUCGGUAUAGAUCUCCUACGGUUAUGGCGUAUACGUCGGCAUCUGCGCUUUAUCAGUAAUGACGACCGUCUGUUGAUACAUGAUGAUGUUCUGAAAACACUGACGAAGGAGGAUCUCUAUCAGGCCGUGGCUGAACGCGGGUUCGUAACUCAGGGGCUGAGUUUGAAGGACAGCCAGGCGCGCCUAAAGUGGUGGCUAGAUUCUGUGAAAGACAGUCCACCAGAAGACGGUGUUUCGCGGCGUCUUUCGCUAUUAAUGGAACGAAGGUAG